GAGCUACCUUGGUGUUCCCUCUCUUUUUUUCUCUUCUCGAACACAGCUCACAUUGCUUCGAAAAGAAUUUAUGUUCACAUCUUGAACCAGGUGUUUUUUUUCUCAUAAAAAUCCAGAAUUUUCAAAAAAUAAAAACAUCGUUUCAAAUGAAAAAUGGAAUCUGUUGUUAAAAAAACCGAAAUGGAUUCGAAUGUAGUCGAAAUGAUUGUUGUGUCCGAACAUCCACAACAACAACAACAACAACAACAAGAACAUCAUCGAUCGGAACAAUUUUUGAAUAAUGAUAAUCAUAUGAUGGAAACAUCACAAGAUUCAUUCGAUAUAACUGAUCAUUCAUUACGAAUAUCACGUCAUUUUAUAACAUUAUUGGAUGAAUAUCGUUAUCUAAUGUCAUGUUUAAUGAAUACUUGUAAUUGUCAUUCAAAUUUUGAUUAUCAAUUUUUCCUUAGAAAAUUGGAAAGUCGUUAUAAUAAAUUAACCAAUUUGGUUUCGGCUGAUUCAUCCGUUUCUCAAUUGUUAAAUCCACAUGAAGAAACAAGUAUUGAACAAUUAAUAGAACAAUCAACAAUGAAUCGAAUGCAAGAUAAUAAACAAAUUGCUACUCCAUUUAUACAUCGUGUUCGAAUUUGUGAACGUUCGAAAUCAUCAUCAAUGAUGAAUAGAGAUAUGAUUACAAUCGAUGAUGAUGAUGAUGAUGGUGAUGGUGUUGGUCAUAAUGAAGAAGAUGAAGGUGGUUUUUUUGAUCUGCCCAAAUUUGAUAUAUCAUUAAAAGAUGCUCAGAUUGCCUAUAAAUGUAGCCAUCCAAAAUGUGAAUUUCUUAGCUUCAGUCAAGAUGAUCUUAUUGAUCAUUUAAAAGAUCAUUCAUCAGGUACAACAACAACUAUAAAAGCUAAUGAUAUUGAAACAAAACGUGAAAUUGUUUAUGUUUGUGAUCAAUGUGGUAAAGAAUUUGCUGGACAAAAAUGGCUUGAUAAUCAUGUGGAUAAUGUUCAUACUUAUACAAGAUUAUUUCAUUGUGAUUAUCCUGCCUGUACUUAUAGUUCAAAAUUUCGUUGCGUUAUGGAAGAUCAUAAACGUCGUCAUAUGAAAAAUAAAGAUUUUAAAUGUUCAUGGCAUGGUUGUGAUUCAGAAUUUGUUACAAAACGUGAUAUGGUUGCACAUAUAAAUUUCUAUCAUAAAGGUAUUAAAAAUUAUCAAUGUUCAUGGCCAAAUUGUGAUGCAAGUUUUAAAGAUUCAAAUCGUUUAAAACAUCAUUAUUAUACACAUACAGGUGAAAGACCAUAUAAAUGUGAUGUUUGUGAUUCAAGUUUUAAACAAGCACCACAUUUAUAUAAACAUAAACGUAUUCAUGCUGCUACUGGUAUACAACAACAACAUCGACAAACAAUGAUGUCAACAAGAUCAUCAUCAGCUAUGUAUAUUUGUCCGGAACCAAAUUGUCAACGAAAAUUUCGUACAUCCAAUGAUCUUGAACGACAUCAAAAAUUAUUAGAACAUCGUUCAUUAAUUAUUAAAAUGGAAGAUGAUAUUAAUAUUUAUCAAUGUGCUAUGCCUGAUUGUCAACAUCAAUUAUUUCAUAAUCAAGAUGAUCUUGAACAACAUAUUAAUGAUAAACAUUCAUAUGAAUUAAAUAAUACAAUCAAAUUGGAAAAUGUUUAAAAAUGAAUGAGAAAUUUAUGUACAAAUUCCGAUAGAAUUUUUCUUCAUCCUAAUCAUCAAAAUUCAUCAUUUACAAUAAUGGCCACCAACCAUACAGAUUCAAUGUAAAAUA